AUGAACGAAGAACAACUCGCUCGCGUCCUUAGACGUGAUCCCGACAUCAACGUCGCCAAACCCCCAUACCAAAGACCUCUGUGGACCCAACCUCUCAAAUGGGCUGAUUAUACUCCCCACACCUUGAAGCAAAAAUCUGUAUCACUUUUCAAAAGGAUCCGUACAACCGAGCCCCUAAAAUGGAUCCCGGAUGAACAUCUCAGGAGCGCAUGGCCACUCCUUCCCCAGCGACCCCCUGUAUUUCCCGAGCUUCCUCCGAAAAAACACAGUCUUGAACAAUUUGAGGUUUAUGAAGCAAGGAAGAGGCAAAGGCAAGAGGCACGUAAAGCCCAAAGAGAGGCAGAACUUGCAAAAAUGGUUCCUCCUCCAGCACCUAGGCCGGAAAUUAUGCCUCUAUCUCCACAAGCUGAUGCAAAUAUGGCAAUCAGAGACAGUGUUCUGGAUGACAUGUACGAGCCCCCGAUUGUUAGAGCAAUGCCCGGGCGAGUGCCUAUAAACAAGAAUUUGAAUGUCAAGAUACCAUUCAUGGAUAGUGUCAUCUUUUAUCCGAGUAAAAUACCCGCGAGCGGAGAUUGCUUUUUCGGUUCAGUCUCAAUGGCUUUGUAUGGAACAACUCUAUAUUGGCACUAUACGAAGUACUGUCACCUGUGGUUUUUUCGUUACGUGCUCACGCAUCCUGCACAUCCGCGAUAUGACUUCUACUGGCAUUUAAAUGCUUUUGGAGGCUCUAAUGAUGGAAUGAAUAUGUGGCACCGAUUGAAUACUCCACAUGCCUGGCAAUCAAGUCAGCUCUUCAAUAUCACAGCCGAUAUCUACAAUCUCUUUGUAGUACUAUACGAGGCACCCGAUACGAUCGAUCUCUUUGGUCAAUACAACGCGACGCACGUGUUUUUCCACAUCAUCAAUCGGAAUCAUUAUGAAAGUUUGACUGCCGAGGACAACGAGGUUCAAUUUCCUUUUCCCGAUGGCGUGAUGGUUAGUCCCAGGCCUGGAAGAGCAAAGAUACGACCUUUCGGUGGAGGCAGAAAUAUUGUGCCUCCACCCAUUGCGCUGCCAGUCAUCCCAAUUUCGUCAUUGAUGGAUAUGACUCGAGUUCUUGGAAUCAAUACCGCCGAAGGGGCUCUAGAUAUUGAGCUAGUCAGAACCGCAAUUAGAAGAGAAAGAAGGAUAGCAAAGGAGCGAAAUGAUCCCACGGAGAUCAAGUGGUGGGUGGAAGCAGAAGCCAAGGAAACGGAAGAGGAAAGGAAAGCAGAAGAAAGAAGGAUUGCCGAGGCAGCAAGAGCAAGACCUCCAAAGAAGCCCACCAACGAGGAAUUAGCAGCAAAUCUCGGGAGAGUAUUAAACAGGGGGAAGAAGCCCGAGCGGGGAGGGGCCGCAAAGAAAGAUCCAAAGAAAGAUCCAAAGAAUCCCAAAAACAAGAAGGUUCCAAAAAAGAUAGCUCAUAAUCUCGAUAGCGAUGAUGAAGACAAUGAUCUUGACGAAGCCGCAAACUUGAUCCCGCAAAAUCAACAGACACGGGGAGGAACGAAACCGAAGAAGAGAUUCACUGGUUACGGUCUUGAUUACGAUGAUGGUGACGCCAGUGAUCUUUACGAUACAGCAGAACUAACAGGUAAAAAGUCGCCGAAGAGCAAACCGCAAAAAACUCUUGGAAAUCCUGAUCAAAAAUCUCCUUCUAAGACGGCUAAAAAGCCGUGGAAAGCACCAAGGAGACCGCCGCCUAGGUGGUAA